UAACAAGCAUCCAAUGCUUGCCAAGCCGUUACUAACUGCAGUUUGCUUACAGUUCUUAGACUACUUAAUGUUAUAACUUCGUCCCGCUUUUGUAUUUAAAAACUAGCCUUAUUCAUUAACAAACUUAAAAUCUGUUUUCGCUUUUCCCAAACCACUGAAGCGAUAAAAAAAGAGACAUUUGUGUACUGCUGUUGACCUUGGCUGCUAAUUGUAGCUUGAUGCUAACAGCCUAGCUUCAGUGCUAACUGAUAUUAUUUUUUUUGUGGAGAAAAUGGAAGAUGAAGUCUACACGGACAUUAAUGGCAAAUCAAUAACUCUGGAGUGUCAAAAGCACUGCAGCUUUUGCCGGGAGUUUACUGUCAGCACGCCCAAAGUGUCCAUUGGCAAGGUGAUGGCGUACACCUGCUCCGUUUGGCUAGUUGCUUAUACGGUGUUCUUCUUCACAGAGAACACAGCCGUGCUCACUGGUGCCAUCUUGCUCACCCUGGUGGGAAUGAUGCUGCACAUCCACUUGGUGAAGGUGGACCACGAGUCGGUGCUCAUCAUCGGCUCGGUGGGCAUCCAGGUAUCCUCCAGCUACGCCUCGGGACGGGAGACGAGCACCUUCAUUGAGAUGAGCCAAGUCAAGGAUGUGGCCAUCAACGAAACCAUUUACAUGGACCCCUCAGCUCCUGAUGACGUGUCACGCGUUGUGCCGUUGUUUCAAAGCUCAAAGCCAAGGCUCAACUGCUUGGUUAAAGUGUACAGAAGCUGUCAGGAGAUUCUGUCUUAAGUGCUGACAGUGCACACACAGCCAGGCCAGGUCCUUUACUUUCUAUAUUUAUUAAAACAUUUUUUUACCUAUUUAAUAAUAAUAAUAAGAGGAGCUAUUUUUCCAUGUUUUUCCUCCCUGUUACUAACUUCAUAAAUACACUCACACAAUACAUACCCCUGCACAUGUGAUACAGAAAUAAACCUGCCCUUAUAGAUAUUAUGAAUUGAAGGUUUACACUGUACCGGUGUACCUAAUAAACUGUCCAGUGAGUAUAAGUAAUUUGUUAUUGUAGUAGAAUAUUUUAUUUAAAAUUCUCAUUAUUUGCCUUUUUAAAUACAUUAUCUACUAACUUUUACAUUUUAGUGUGAAUAUCUAUAAAUCACCUUUUAGUUGAUUUUCUAUAAUGAACAGAAUUAUAAUUAUAGAUUUUUGCUAUUUUUCACCACAUGUAUUUUCAUGACAAUUAUUAAAUAUUUUGGAAAUACAUGAAAGAAAAUCUUGCAUCUAUGCAUUUGUUCAUUUACGAGGUCUGAAUUGUUAUGCACGUAUUUCUUCAGUAGGGGGCAGCACUGCACCACGCUAAUUUGAAGUCACAGAGUCACACGCUUGGAUGUCAUUCAUUAAAAUUCAUUCUUAAAAUUUGAA